GACGGUUUCAGAGUAACCAAACUUGCCGUCCUAUUGCCGUGAUUCCAUGGACAUUGUUCACCGCAUCGGUCAAUACUUUGCCCAGCAUGAACAAAACAUGAGCGACGUGAUGAAGCAAGCGCUGGAGCGUAGCCAAAGCCUGGUUCCAGACGCGCCGCAUGUGAAACCGCCUCGGGCUGUGCGCGGAUCAUUCUUUUCUGCAAAAAAGACUUCGAAACCACCACCGUCCUCUACCAGCCCAUCGUCCCCACGUCCUGUAUUCACUGAGGACUCAUCAUUAUGUUGUCCGAAGGCCUCUACUACCAACACAGGACCGACACCCCCAACACCAACGAAUCGAGUCAAAGCCAAACGGAAAGGAAUGUCACGCCCCAAGCAGAAAAAAACGUCCUAUUCUACGCCCCCAUCCACGACCGCCGCAGACAUAGCGUUAAAACAAUCCACGGCACUAGCUCUACAGGAAGCAUGGCGAUUGACUUGCGAACGGGCCAAGAAAAUUCAAGCGGAUCAAGAAGCCAAACUCAAGGCGGAACAAGAGCUAGAAAGACAAGAAAAAGCCAAGCUCGACAGUCAGCUCCAGCAGAUUGAAACCGCUCGGAGCCAAGCGUUUGCUAAGCAGCCCCGUCCGCCCCCCCCGUCCGCCCCCAAAUCGCUCCACUGCGCUGAAGCAUGGUGCGAGCCUCGGCGAGUUGGGCGCAAAUACCAACGACAUGUCAAGCCAUCGAUGCCAGCAUUGCGUGCCUGUGAGCAGCCUGCCACGUCAUUACGUAGUUCUGAGCUUACAACUGCAACUACCCCUCGGUCCAGUUGCAACAACAACAACGAUCACCCUGGAAUGCUACAAGUGUUUACAAACCUGAAUCCAGUGACCAAGUUUGGCCCCGUACCGUCGUCGACGCCAUCCUUGGAUGAGUUGGAGACAAGCCAACGGACCAAGUUGCUGGAAUAUGCGUCUGCGCUGUCAAAAGUGCGCGAGAAACUCCAACACCAACGGUCGGUGGCCACAUUCGAAGCAACCCAAAAUGCGCAAUGCAAACGUCGAGAAGCCAGCAAUGCAUCGUUGGUUGCGACCAUCGAACAAUUGCAAUUGGAAAAGGAACGUUGGGAACAGUCGUUGCGGACGCUCCAGACGGACGAAGCCGCCUUACGAAGCGAGAGACACCGGUUGACGAUGGAGCGGCGAAUGGCACGCCGCGCAGCGAAAACGCUCAAGUGCUUGGAGACACCAGAAGCGAUCGAGAUGUGGGCACAAGAAGAGCGAGUUCGUGCGGCUCAAGCAAAGGAAGCGCGGGACCGUGCCAAGCGAAGGGUGCAGCAGCGCACCGGAGAUGCCACUAUAGUACCCGAAACAUUCGACGAAGCAGCAGACGAGCAGCACAAGGAAGGCUGGCAUGUGAGUCCACUUAGCUCGUCGCGAUUUCAGAAGGCCUUUUUUACCUACAGUAGCAGUUCCGACGACAACAAUUGAAGGGGUGUCAAAGGAAGCGGAGCUGCUAAUAAGACCAAUAUGGGUUUUGCUG